UAAGCUGGCACUUGGUUUUCCUCAGAGAACAAUGUUUGACAAUAUUGAUGAUGCUGGUCUGUCCUUUGGCAUUUACUACCAAAACAUCCCUGCUGUACUCUUCUACCGCAACCUUCGCAAAUUAAAGUACAUUAACAAAUUCCACUCCUAUGAUCUCUCAUUCAAAGCUCAUGCAAGCAGCGGAAAUCUUCCAAACUAUACAGUAAUCGAACAGCGAUACAUGGACUCUAAGAAUAGACCUGCCACUGACGAUCAUCCUUCGCAUGAUGUUUACCAAGGACAAAUGUUUAUCAAGGAUAUUUAUGAAACUCUGCGUGCUAGCCCUCAAUGGAAUGAGACUCUCCUUAUCAUUACUUAUGACGAGCAUGGUGGCUUUUUCGACCAUGUUCCUACCCCUGUGAAUGGGGUCCCAAAUCCUGAUGGAAUUAUUAGUCCAAGUCCUAUGAAUUUCAAAUUUGAUCGCUUGGGAGUGAGGGUACCUACCAUCAUGGUUUCUCCCUGGAUUGAGAAGGGUACAG